GCAAAAUACACGUUUUUAUCAAACGCUUGUUUCAAGGUGAAAGUCGUUUGCCUGACUUGUCAGCCGGCACAACAGCAUAUCCGAAAUAUUGUAGCCAAAUAAAAUAAACGAUAAAAAUGCCAACAGCGGUUGUUAUAGGUGGUGGUAUAAGCGGACUGUCAUCUGCAUAUUACUUGAAGAAAAGUGCCAAAUUUUCAAAGAUAAUUAUUCUUGAGGCCUCGAAUCGAGUUGGUGGUUGGAUUAAAACAGUAACGUCUGAAGGUGGAGCCAAAAUGGAGCUGGGUCCCAGGAGUCUGAGAGCCACUGGCAUACCAGCUGGUUUCAACAGCCUCUGUUUAAUUGAAGAUCUUGGUCUGUCUAAGGAUGUGAUUCACGUAUCUAGGCAUGAACCGGCAGCGCAGAAUCGAUUUAUUUAUGCAAAAGGAGCAUUACACAAGCUUCCAAAUAAGUUUUCAGCUUUCUUCAAGAAGCAGGCACCGUUUUCAGCACCUCUGUUUCUGCAUUCAUUUCGAGAUAUUUUAACAAAGCCGUCAGAACUCGAGGAUGAAUCAGUGUACGACUUUGUCACUCGGAGGUUUCAUGCCGAGCUUGCAGAGUUUGCGGUCGAUCCUUUGUGCAGAGGCAUAUUUGCUGGCGACUGUAGAAAACUUAGCUUGCACUCGUGUUUUCCAUUAUUAAGAGAGGCGGAAAAAGUUGGUGGAGGGCCUGUCAUUAAAGGGUUGCUUAAGAUUAGUAGACGCCCAAUUCCACCUAGGAGACAAUCCACCUUGUUUGAUACCAUGAGAAAGGAGACCUGGUCAGCGUUUUCGUUCCGCCAAGGUCUUCAAACCUUACCAGAAACUUUGAGAGAUUCUCUUACAUCUUCGCAAGGGGUUGAAUUAGUCCUUGACACACCUUGCUCUGAAGUGAUGUUUGAUGAUGGCAAAGCAAAGAUUGUUAUAAAUGGGGAAACUUUGGAUGCUGACCAUGUAGUGUCCAGUAUUUUCGCUCCAGAUUUUGCAAGUCUCUUGAAUCAAGAACAGCAGAAUUUGAAGGAGAAUUUGAGUAAAAUUUCUGCAGUGAAUGCUGUGGUGGUUUGUGUUGAGUUUGAUGGACAAGUUGUACCUCCCACACCGGGGUUUGGACAUCUGUUGCCCUCAAGCGAGGACAAGGCGGUGCUUGGGGUUAUAUACGACUCCUGUACAUUUCCCACCCAUGAUCGGACUGACAGGCCUGGGAGCAGGUACACAAUAAUGCUUGGAGGGGCCUGGUUCGAUGAUCUCAAAGCAGUUGUUCCAUCAAUGACGGACGAAGCGCUCGGCCAAUACGCUGUCAAAGCGUUACAAAAACACCUCGGCUUCACACAAACACCGGCAAAAAUCAAAGUGGAAGUAAUGAAAAACUGCAUCCCCCAGUAUAUUAUUGGUCACGAAAACAUACUAGAGGACGUGUUUGCAGAAAUUCGAGCUGAGAGACUUCCUUUAAGUCUGGUUGGUUCAUCCUAUCGAGGUCCCUCGAUUCAUGACUGUAUGAAUAACGCUAGAGUGGAAAUUGAACGUGUCACUGGGGCGUCAUUGCUUUGAAACUCUCCAUGAUAUUAUUUUUAUGCCCCCCUUCGAAGAAGAGGGGGUAUAUUGUUUUGCACGUCGGUCAGUCCGUUGGUCGGUCCGUCCACCAGUUGGUUUCCGGAUGAUAACUCAAAAACGCUAAGGCCUAGGAUCAUGAAACUUCAUAAGUAAGUGACCCCUAUUGAUUUUCAGGUCACUAGGUCAAAGGUCAACGUCACAGUGACUCGAAAUAGAAAAAUGGUUUCAGGAUGAUAACUCAAGAAUGCUUAUGCCUAGGAUCAUGAAACUUCAUAGGUACAUUGAUCAUGACUGGCAGAUGACCACAUUUAAUUUUCCGGUCACCAUGUCAAAGAUCAAGGUCAAAGUGACUUGAAACAGUAAAAUGGUUUCCAGCUGAUAACUCAAGAAUGCUUACGCCAAGGAUCAUGAAACUUCAUAUUUACAUUGAUCAUGACUGGCAGAUGACCCUUAUUGAUUUUCAGGUCACUAGGUCGAAGGUCAUGGUGACUUGAAACAGUAAAAUGGUUUCCGGAUGAUAACUCAAGAAUGCUUACGCCUAGGAUCAUGAAGCUUCAUAGGUACAUUGAUCAUGACUGGCAGAUGACCCCUAUUGAUUUUCAGGUCACUCGGUCAAAGGUCAUGGUCACAGUGACUCGAAAUAGUACUAUGGUUUCCAGAUUAUAACUCAAGAAUGCUUACGCCUAGGAUCAUGAAACUUCAUAGGGACAUUGAUCAUGACUGGCAGAUGACCCCUAUUAAUUUUCAGGUCACUAAGUCAAAGGUCAAAGUCACAGUGACUCGAAACAGUAAAAUGGUUUCCUGAUGAUAACUCAAGAAUAAUUAGGCCUAGGAUCUUGAAACUUCAUAGGUACAUUGAUCAUGACUUGCAGAUGACCCCUAUUGAUUUUCAGGUCACUAGGUCAAAGGUCACAGUGACUCGAAACAGUAAAAUGGUUUCCGGAUGAUAACUCAAGAAUGCUUACGCCUAGGAUCAUGAAGCUUCAUAGGUACAUUGAUCAUGACUGGCAGAUGACCCCUAUUGAUUUUCAGGUCACUAGGUCAAAGGUCAAGGUCACAGUGACUCGAAAUAGUAAAAUGGUUUCCAGAUUAUAACUCAAGAAUGCUUACGCCUAGGAUCAUGAAACUUCAUAGGGACAUUGAUCAUGACUGGCAGAUGACCCCUAUUAAUUUUCAGGUCACUAGGUCAAAGGUCAAGGUCACAGUGUCUCGAAACAGUAAAACGGUUUCCUGAUGAUAGCUCAAGAAUAAUUAGGCCUAGGAUCUUGAAACUUCAUAGGUACAUUGAUCAUGACUUGCAGAUAAACCCUAUUGACUUUUAGGUCACUAGGUCAAAGGUCAAGUUCACAGUGACAAAAAACGUAUUCAAACAAUGGCUGCCACUACAACUGACAGCCCAUAUGGGGGGCAUGCAUGUUUUACAAACAGCUCUUGUUUAUUGUGAUAUGACUUUGUUGUGUUGGAUGAUAGUUUUGGUUUUGGAAUUGGUUUUCUGAGAUUUGUUAUAAUAUAUAUUACAUAUUGAGCUACAUUAUUGUAGUAGGAAAUAGAGUAAAUGUUGUUGCACUUGUAUUUUCAUUUGUUUUAUCAUAUUUGUAUAAUAUUCGGCAGGGUUUAGGAUAAUAUAAGAGUAUAUUGUUUUGCCAAUGUUGACCUUUUAUUAUACCUCUGCUGGAGAAAAAUACUUCCACAUUUUUCUACUGAUUACAUUGAAACUUCAAAUACCUCAUCAUACAUGUACAUAUAUGCAAGAAGUUUUCAUGCCCAGUAAGCUUAAGUAGUGUGUCUGCUGUGAGCCUUUUUUUGCCAGUUGAUAUACUUUUUGGUACCUUUGGAGUUAUAUUCUGACUGAUUUCACAAGCAAUUCUAUUGAAACUUUAAACAUGUUAUGGUCAUCAAGUAUAGAUUAAAGACACUUUAUAAGCUCACCUGAGCACAACGUGCUCAUGGUGAGCUUUUGUGAUCGCCUUUUGUCCAUCGUUCGUUGUGGGUUGUGCGACGUCAACAUUUGCUUUGUUAGCUCUCAAGAGGGCACAUUUAUUGUCCAAUCUUCAUGAAAUAUGGUCAGAAGAUUGGUCUCAAUGAUAUCUUGGAUGAGUUCAAAAAUGGCAACGUUUGCUUGAAAAACAUCGCUGCCAAGGGGCGGGGCAUUUUUCCUUAUAUAGCUAUAUAUGGCUAUAUUAAAAUCUUGUUAACACUCUAGAGGCCACAUUUAUUGUCUGAUCUUCAUGAAACUUGGUCAGACGAUUUAUCCCAAUACUAUCUUGGACUAGUUCAGAAAUGAUGCCGGUUGGUUGAAAAACAUGGCCCCCAGGGGGCGGGGCAUUUUUCCUUAUAUGGCUAAAGUAAAACCUUGUUAAUACAUUUAUUUUCUGAUCUUCGUGAAACUUGGUCAGAAGAUUUGUCCCAAUGAUAUCUUGGAUGUGUUGAAAAAUGGUAACCUUUGCUUGAAAAACAUGGCUGCCAAGGGGCAGGGCAUUUUUCCUUAUAUUGCUGUAUAUGGCUAUAGUAAAAUCUUGUUAACACUCUAGAGGCCACAUUUAUUGUCCAAUCUUCAUGAAACUUGGUCAGAAUAUUCAUCGCAAUAAUAUCUUGGACUAGUUCGAAAAUGAUGCCGGUUGGUUGAAAAACAUGGCCGACAGGGGGCGGGGCAUUUUUCCUUAUAUGGCUAUAGUAAAACCUUGUUAACACUCUAGAGGCAACAUUCAAUUUUACUGUCUGAUCUUCAUGAAAUUUGGUCAGAAGAUUUUUCUUAUUGAUAUCUUGGAUGAGUUAGAAAAUGGUUACGUUUGUAGAAAAACAUGGCUGCCAAGCGGCAGGGCAUUUUUCCUUAUAUGGCUAUAUAUGGCAAUAGUAAAAUCUUGUUAACACUCUAGAGGCCACAUUUAUAGUCUGAUCUUCAUGAAACUCGGUCAGAAGAUUUAUCCCAAUAAUAUAUUAGACUAGUUCAAAAAUGAUGCCGGUUGGUUAAAAACAUGGCCACCACGGGGGCGGGGUAUUUUUCCUUAUAUGGCUAUAGUAAAACCUUGUUAACACUCUAGAGGUCACAUUUAUUUUCCGAUCGUCAUGAAACUUGGUCAGAAGAUUUGUCCCAAUGAUAUCUUGGAUGAGUUCGAAAAUGGUUUUGGUUCCUUAAAAAACAUGGCCACCACGGGGCGGGGCAUUUUUUCUUAUAUGGCUUUAGUAAAUCCAUGUUAACACUCUAGAGGCCACAUGUAUUGUCCAAUCUCCAUGAAAUUUGGUCAGAAGAUUGGUCUCAAUGAUAUCUUGGAUGAGUUUGAAAAUAAUUAUGUUUGCUUGAAAAACAUGGCUUUCAAGGGGCGGGGCAUUUUCCUAAUAUGGCUAUAGUAAAAUCUUGUUAACACUCUAGAGGCCGCAUUUACUGUCCAAUCUUCAUCAAAAUUGGUCAGAAGAUUCAUCCUGAUAAUAUCUUGGAUGAGUGAAAAAAUGAUGCCAGUUGAUUGAAAAACAUGGCUGCCAGGGGGCGGGGCAUUUUUCCUUUUAUGGCUAUAGUUAAACCUUGUUAACACUCUAGAGGCCACAUUUAUUUUCCGAUCUUCAUGAAACUUGGUCAGAAGUUUUUUAACCAGGUUUUCCGAAGGAAAAAACUGGUUAUUAGAUUGGCGAAUGCGGGCGGGCUGGCUGGCUGGCUGGCGGGCUGGCGGAAUAAGCUUGUCCGGGCCAUAACUAUGUCGUUCAUUGUCAGAUUUUAAAAUCAUUUGGCACAUUUGUUCACCAUCAUUGGACGGUGUGUCGCGCGAAAUAAUUACGUCGAUAUCUCCAAGGUCAAGGUCACACUUUGAGUUCAAAGGUCAAAAAUGGCCAUAAAUGAGCUUGUCCGAGCCAUAACUAUGUCGUUCAUCGUCAGAUUUUAAAAUCAUUUGGCACAUUUGUUCACCAUCAUUGGACGGUGUGUCGCGCGAAAUAAUUACGUCGAUAUCUCCAAGGUCAAGGUCACACUUUGAGUUCAAAGGUCAAAAAUGGCCAUAAAUGAGCUUGUCCUGGCCAUAACUAUGUCAUUCAUUGUGAGAUUUUAAAAUCAUUUGGCACAUUUGUUCACCAUCAUGGGACGGUGUGUCCCACGAAAGAAUCACGUCAAUAUCUCCAAUGUCAAGGUCGCCACGACUAAAAAUAGAUUUAAAAAAAAAAAAAACUUACAAAGGGGGUUAAUUUUUUUGGUCAUUUCAAAAGUUCAGUUUGAGUUUUCUCCCUUUAUCAGAUUUUUUUUUCACAAUGAAAACCUGGUUUUGUGACAAUUUUGUCCCUUGUAACUUUUAUUUUUGUUAUUGACAUUUUCUUGUAAAUAAUUAUUAUGGUAUAUGUAAUUAGUGCUUGUAAGAUAUACAACAUUAGUAUUAUUAUCUUUUUUGAGUUGCUCUUAUUAGCUUACUGAAGCAGAAGCUGCUAAUAGUUUUAUCAUUUGAUCGCCUUAUAACCGUCGUCUGUCGUUAUUCAUUGCCUUGUGGAAACUAGACUCCACAUUAAUUAAUCUUCAUUCCUGGAAGUCACUUUUUGUGCAUUGAAACUUACAUAUUACAUUUAUCCCAAUUAUAUCUUGUCCGAGUUCAAAAUCGGGUCGUGCGGGGUCAAAAACUACGUAACUAGGUAAAAGAAAAGAAAAAAAAUAUUGUGAAAACUAGAGAGGCCACUUAUAUUGCCCAAUCAUCACAAAACUGUCGUAAUAGUCAAGUCAUAUAUUGACCAAAUUCAAAACUGGGUCAUAUGGGAUCAAAUAACGCUAGGUUGUUGGUUCAAAUUUUUGAAACGGCUUGUGAACACGCCUGAGACAGCAUUUAUCGCCUAAUCUUGAUGAAACUUGGUCGGGACAUUUGUACCAAUGACAUUAUCAAGUUCAAAAUUGGGUCAAGUGGGGUUAAAAAACAAGGGCAAUUGUCAAAAUUAAAGAAACGCUUGUUAAACGCUAGAGGCCACACUUUUGGCCCAAUCUUCAUGAAACUUUGUCAGAACAUUUAUCCUGUAUAUUUCAUAAUAUAUACUGUAUAUAUAUUUGGGUAUUCAGAUUUACUAGGCUUUCUUGGUGUGUCAGUUUUACUUAAUUGCAUCUUUUUAUAUUAAUUAUAUCACUGUAUAUACUUUGGACACUGAAUCUGUUAGAACUUGCAUAUUAUGUUUUCAUGUGAUUUGCUUUUAAACAAAACAAUUUCAAGUACAGAAGAUUUUCACACAAAUGUUGCACAAAUUCAAUGCUUACAUUUAAAUAAUAAUAAGUUCACAUUGAUUUUAGAAAGGGGUAAGUAUAUAAAGACAUAAAGUCGUCUUAUACAAACAAUGGCGUUAAUUGAUGAAGAUAAUAUUAUAAUGAUUUAUUACCUGUUUCAUGUACUCAUCGUUAUUUUUUUGUUAAUAAAUAAAUCUUGUGUGAACAUUUA